AUGUCUCAAAUCCUGAGCAAGGAAAUUGCCGGACGGCAUGGAGACUCGGCGACCGCGCAGGCCUCAUCCCUAACAUUCUUAAACUUAGUUGAGGUAGAAGAACAGGCCCGCCACGUGCUCACUAAGAUGGCUUACGAUUAUUACAGCACAGGCUCUGACACCUGCUCCACCGUGGUGGAGAACCGCACGUGCUUCGCGCGGUACAAGCUGUUGCCGCGUAUGUUGCGAAAUGUCAGUCGGGUGGACACCUCGCACGAAGUCUUUGGCAUUCGUUCCAGCAUGCCUGUAUGGGUGGCGCCAAUGGCUAUGCACGGGCUGGCCGACCCGCAAGGCCGGGAGGUGGCCACCUGCCGCGCGGCCGCAGCCUCCGCCGUGCCCUUCACCUUCUCCACCGUCGCCACUGCCUCCUUUGAGGAAAUUCAGGUCACAGGUCACAGCGCCGCAAUCUUCCAGCUUUAUGUAAUCAGGAACCGUGACGUGGUACGGCGGUGGGUGACGGAGGCGGAGGUCCGAGGCUUCAAAGCCCUCAUGGUGACGGUGGACGCGCAGCGACUGGGAAAUCGCGAGGCAGACGAAAGGAAUAAGUUUACACUGCCCGCGGGCCUAGCGCUCCGGAAUCUGGAAUAUCUGUCCACUGGCUCCACCGCUCAGGCCCGCGACUCGGCGGAUGGUUCGGGCCUUAUGCGGCUUUUCGCUGCAGAGAUUGACGACUCGCUGACCUGGGAUUUUAUCCCCUGGCUUCGCUCCAUCACCAAGCUGCCAAUCAUCGCCAAAGGCCUGCUGUCGCCAGAUGAUGCUGAGCUGGCAGUGCAGUACGGCGUGGAUGGCAUCGUGGUCUCCAACCACGGCGGUCGCCAACUGGACUUUGCGCCGAGUGGCCUUGAGAUGCUGCCGGCGGUGGUGGCGGCUGUGCGUGGCCGGGUGCCUGUGCUGGUCGACGGGGGUAUUCGGCGGGGCACUGACGUCAUUAAGGCAAGUAUGGAAGCGUUGGCGCUGGGCGCGUCUGCGGUUCUGCUGGGCCGGCCAGUGUUGUAUGGGCUAGCUGUUGGCAGGCAGGCGGGCGUAGAACGCGUGCUGCAACUGUUACGUAAAGAGAUCGAGCUAUCUAUGGCGCUGACGGGUUGCGCGUGCUUGCGAGACAUCGGACCGCAAUUGCUGCUGCCCCCUUCACGCAUGUAG